AUGGAAAAUUCCGGUUUCACAUUGACUGCGUUCCUCGAUAUUGAAGAAGCCUUUAAUAAUGUGAAGCUGGAAUCAAUUAAUCUGCUCUCGAAUGUACAGACUUCUCGGAGUUUAAGCACAGACAGCAACCGUUUCGGUAGCCUAACAUCAGCCUCGUCAUCAUCAUCUACGACAAAUGGUGGCGGCGAUGACAAGGGUCCUUUUGUUUUGCAAACAUUAAAACGUUUAGAAAAAUCCCAAUCAAUUCUGGUCAUACGCAAUUCAUCAUCAACGGCAUUGUCGUCGACAUCGGCCGGAACAGCAUCUUCUUCUUCGAAUAUAUCAUCAGGUGCCAAUUCUACCUCAUCCUUAGCAAAUAUUGCAAAAUCAUCCUCGGCUUCGUCUUCAUCGUUGGCCAAUUCAUUGACAGUGGAACAUAAGCUAAGCUUAUCCUCAUCAUCUUUGUCCUCCAUGCAACAGAAACAGCAGCACCAACAACACCAAUCCCAAAUUCUGACAACGUCCGGAGCAGGAGGUAAUGUUGUCAACACAAAACCAAAUACUAUCACCUUUACACGUCACAAAAAAUCUCAAAGCAAAGCAAAUAAUGGAACAAAUAACAAUACUGCUAAUAACAACAACAAUGGUGGUGGUCAUCAUAAUUCAUCCUCAGCGCUGAAUAGUAGUGGUGGUGGUGGGGCAACAACAAUAACCACCACCAAAUUGGGUGAUAUUUUAGCCUCCGCCAAGGGACAGCCAAGGCAUAUUUUGACAGCUACGGCCAGUACCAAUACUGGGGGUAAUGGUAAGGCAACAAAUGUUGCUGCUGCUGGAGGUAAUGGCGGUACAACCACCACCUAUUUGCGUUUAACAAAUGCCAAUGGCAACAAUAAUAACAGCAACAAUAACAACAAUGGUAAUAGUAAUAUUGCAACUAUUGCUGCCAAUAUUGUCCAUAAAAAUCAUCAUAAUUCUUCACGUGUAAAUCUCAAUGGUGCGAAUGUCGAAACAAUACCUACAGCAGCUGCUGUAGCUGGAGCAGGACAAGGCUCCACACAGAAACAACAACAACAACAUUUAAAUUUGGCCGAUGUCCAGCUAAAACAUGAAAGGACUUCAACAACAUCUGCUGCUGCCAGUAGUAGCACAACGGGCUCACAGAAGACCCCAGGGAGCGGAGCCAUCGAAAUAUAUAUGAACGAUUGUCUUAAGGGUCAUGUUCGUCACAAAACAGGUGGUGGUGGUGAUGGCGACGUCGGAAGAGAGUAA